AUGUCCAAUCUGCUCGGUCCUCUCCUCGGUGGCAUCAUCGCAGACCGAACCACGUGGCGGUGGAUCUUCUUCAUAAAGUAUGCAUCCAUUCACUAGUGUCGACAUCAUCGGCUGACCAAUGAUAGCGGACCCAUAUGUGCUGUAGCGCUGGUGUUGAUCUUCUUCUCCAUGCCCAGCUUGAAAGACAGCAAGUCGAACGCUGAGCGCAUCCGCGGUCUCGACGGCGUCGGAGGCAUUCUCUCGGUAUGCUGGCCAAUUCCGUUGAUUUUUGCAUUGUAAGAAGCUGGCGUAUCCCACCCAUGGGGCAGCGGCGUCAUCAUCGGCACGCUCGUUGCCGGCAUCGUCUUGUUCUUCUUGUUUGGAUUCUACGAGACGUGGGUCACAUAGCGUACCAAGACGAAUCCCAUCUUCCCCAUCCGCUUUCUGCAGAAUCCUUCUAUGGCUCUUAUAUUGUUGAUUAUGUUCCUCCUCGGCAUGCCUUUUUACGUCAUCUUCGUGCAGCUUCCCCAACGCUUCCAGACGGUCAACUUUACCACCGCCGAGCGCGCGGGCAUCCUGCUCCUGCCGUGCACACUCGUUUCGCCCGUCGGAGCCAUGGCAGCGGGCCCUGUCGCGAAGGAGGUCGCCACAGAGUAUGUUCUCAUUCUGUCAGCCGCCAUCGUGUGCGUCGGCACGGGCCUCAUGGGGAGUCUGCCAACAGCAUCGCACCUGUGGCCUGGCAUCUACGGCUACGAAGUCAUUGUCGGUCUGGGCCUGGGGCUCGCCAGCCCGCCGUACUUCAUGCUGCUUACGACGUCCAUUGCCGAGCGGGACAUCUCCGUCGGCACCAGCGCCCUGAACAUGAUGCGGACGCUGGGCGGCUGCGUCGCCGUGGCCAUUUGCACCGCCGUGCAUCGCGAGUACACAACGGACAGGCUGACCGCCUACCUCUCCCCGCAGCAAAUAGCCGCCGUGCAGACCUCGAGCACGGCACUAGCCCAGAUGCCCGAGACGCUUCGGGCCGAAACGGCAGCCAUCUUCGGCGCGAGCUACAACCGCCAGUUCCUGAUCAUGCUCGCCUUCACGGCGCUGAACGUGCUCGUCACGGUGCUGCUGGCGGUGGUGCGGAAGCGCAUGGGCGUGUUCGGCACGCUGGAGCAGCCAAACCAAGACAACGCGUUGAUCGCAGCAGACUGGGAGCAGAAGCCGCGGUGCGUACAAGCCGCGGGGCGUACAAACGACUCGGAAGAGCUCGUCGCAUCGGAGCAGACGUAG